CCGAGAAGUUCCCCUUUGUAGUUAGCGAGUGACUGUUUCCUAAACUUUUUCCCACCAUCGUUUCAGAGAACUCAAAAGUGUUCCUUUUUAUAUCCAUAUAAGUCAAAAGAUUCACAAUUUGAGCAGCGAGAUGCAAGAUAGAGCGGCAAUGUUCUGUCGAAUGUUGGAGAAGGCAUUUCAUUCGUCGGCGCAGAGGGCAAAUAAACACCGCCUACGGUUUCCACCCCUCACAUCCGUCGAUCUUCCUGACAUUUGGAUUCCACGCCACGACACAUCCAUCGCCAAAACAUGUUCUCCUCAUCUCAAGACUAAUUCAGCUAUUGGUCAGAUUGCUAGAGUGCUUGAAGGAAAGCCAAUUGCAAACAAUAUAAACUCUUGGAUAGCAGCUGAAAUAUCUGAAUUGAAGAAUACGAUCGGAAAGACUCCAGGUUUAGGUGUUAUCCUUGUGGGUGGAAGGAGGGAUUCUCAAUCUUUUGUCCAUAUUAAGAUGAAAGCUUGCAUGAAAGUUGGAAUAGCACCAUUCACGGUGGAACUUCCUGAGGAUUGCACUGAAGCUGAAUUACUUGAUGCAGUUUCAAGUUUUAAUGAGAAUCCAUUAAUACAUGGUGUAGUUGUGCAGCUUCCUCUACCAAAAGUAAUUUACCCAUCCCCAGUUCUCAGUUGAAUUUGUUCUUCAUUUUCUUCAC